AUGAAAAAGUCAAAUGAGAAUGAAAGGAUAGCUUAACAAAUAUAUGCCUCUUAGAUGCAGAAAUUGUAGGGCAAGAUAUUGGAGAAGAAACUCACUAAAGUAUGUUCAAAAUAGCAAUUUGAGAGCCAAUCAUAAAAUAUCUCGAAUAACAACAGUCCGGUAAUGGGUCGUUAAAAGUCGUAUGAAAAUUUAUAGAAGGUGAAUAGAACAUUUAUAAACCCAACUCUUCAGGUGUCUCAACAAAAAUUGAGCAGCAUUUUAAAUGUUAUGGCAGGCUAACAGACGAAACCUAAAAUUUAGAGUUCAUUUAACAAUGAAUUAAUGGAUACGGUGAAGAUUACUCAUAAAUUGCGUAAGAAUUAAUCUAUGAUUCAUAUCGACCAAUAAUCACCAUAAUUAACCAAGAAUUCUUCGUUUCAUCGUCCUAACUCGAGUGUCAAAAUAAAGAAUAGCAAUAGUAUAUCUUAUGAGUAAACCCAAUUUUAAAAGAUAAAAGAUAAAAUAAAAUAGCUCUUAUAAGAGAGAGAUAAUAAUUGGUAAUAAGAUCAAAAGGAAAUGGCUUUCAUGAUAAAACUAAAUUAAUCAUUAAACCAAUUACUUUCAAUAGUUUUUUAAGAGUAACAAAAUACUCAACCUACUUCUACUUAAGAUACAAAUUCUAGUCUUCAAAUAGAUAAUUUUUUUAAGAGAUAAAUUAUCAUUCUAUAAUAAUCUUACACUCAAUAAAUGGAAAAGAAAAAACUAGAAAAUAUUCUCACUUCCAUCAAAAGAAAACAUGAACAUGUUCUCGUCGAAUACAAUCAGCUAUUAGAGCAAAAAAGAUCAUAAGAUGAUUAAAUAAAGAAUUUGGAAUAGCAAAUCUAAGGACUAAAGACUCAAAUAAGUUCAUCUUAGAAGGAAAUAGAGAAUGAGUAAGAAUUUUUGGAAUUGAAGUAUCUUGUUUAAGGACAAUUCGAGGCAAUCUAAAAGUUAUUACAAAGAGAACAGUUGACAAAAAUAUUCUUAAAGAGAGUUGGAGAUAGUUCUAUAAUAGACAUGUUCGAUUAAUUUAUAUCAAAUGCUGAACGGACAAAUUUGGAUGAUACAGAGGGGAAUCUAAAUGUUGAUGUUUUGCCUUCUAAUAAGUUGAUUUCUAAACAGAAGCUAGCAGUAACUUAGGAUUAAAUGAGUCUACCUGAGAAAAUUCUAUCUUAAUAUGAAGAAAAUUAUAAGGAACAAUUGAAUUUAUGCGACUCUUUGUUAGCAGAUGAUUCUAGUAAUAAUCGAAUUCACAUGUUUUUAGGAGUUAAUGAUUCAGAGGAAAGCAGUUUUGGAUAUAUGGGAAAGGAAUAGGCGACUGAGAUUAGUUGUUAUUUUAAUGAUGCUGUAUAAUUUGCUUAGGGUACCAUUAAGAUUAAGAGAAUACAGACUGUUUCAAAGGAUAAGUUGAAGAUCAAUAUGAUGGAUGUAAAAUUGGCAUAGGCUGCUUUGAAACGUCAAGAAUUAGUUGAAUAAUAAUAGCUACAAUAAUAGAAGAUCCUUCCAGAUUAUCUGAUUGAUAAUGAGAAUGAAGAAUCAGAGGUGAAUUUGUGCGAUGAUGAUGAUGAAUAAUAGUUUUGA